ACCUUGGCAUCCAUCGCCUCCCGGCUCUACGCGCACGCCAGCCUGGAGAACCACGUCCGCCUGGCCGUGGUGAAGGUGGUGGCCCUGGGGGAGAAGGAGAAGGGGCUGGAGGUCAACAGGAACGCCGCCACCACCCUCAAGAACUUCUGCAAGUGGCAGCACCAGCACAACCGCCUCGACGACGACCACGACGAGCACUACGACGCCGCCAUCCUCUUCACCCGCGAGGAUUUAUGUGGGCAUCAUUCAUGUGAUACUCUGGGAAUGGCAGACGUUGGGACCAUAUGCUCUCCUGAGCGCAGCUGUGCAGUGAUUGAAGAUGACGGCCUCCAUGCAGCUUUUACAGUGGCUCACGAAAUUGGGCACCUGCUUGGGCUUUCCCAUGAUGACUCCAAAUUUUGUGAGGAGAACUUUGGCUCCAUGGAAGAUAAGCGCCUGAUGUCCUCCAUUCUGACUAGCAUAGAUGCUUCGAAACCGUGGUCCAAAUGCACUUCAGCAACUAUAACAGAAUUUUUCGAUGAUGGUCAUGGUAACUGUCUGCUGGACCAACCGAGAAAGCAGAUCAUGGGCCCUGAGGAACUUCCAGGACAAACCUACGAUGCCAUUCGUCAGUGCAAACUGGCGUUCGGACCCGAAUACACAGUGUGUCCUGGUAUGGAUGUGUGCUCUCGCCUCUGGUGUGCAGUUGUCCGCCAAGGUCAGAUGGUUUGUCUGACUAAGAAGCUGCCUGCUGUGGAGGGAACACCAUGUGGAAAAGGGAGGAUCUGCCUCCAGGGAAAAUGUGUUGACAAAACCAAGAAGAAAUACUACUCAGCUUCAAGCCAUGGUAACUGGGGGUCCUGGGGACCUUGGGGACAGUGCUCCCGUACCUGUGGCGGAGGAGUUCAGUUUGCUUAUCGUCACUGCAAUAAUCCAGCUCCUAGAAACAAUGGCCGGUACUGCACUGGCAAGAGGGCCAUCUACCGCUCCUGCAACGUCACGCCCUGCCCAGCAAAUGCUAAAUCUUUCCGACAAGAGCAGUGUGAAGCAAGGAAUGGCUAUCAGUCUGAUGCAAAGGGUGUCAAGACAUUUGUUGAAUGGGUCCCCAAGUAUGCUGGAGUACUUCCUGGAGACGUUUGCAAGCUCACCUGCCGAGCCAAAGGAACUGGCUAUUACGUGGUAUUUUCUCAGAAGGUAACUGAUGGUACUGAAUGUCGACCAUACAGUAAUUCAGUCUGUGUCCGGGGAAAAUGCAUCCGAACUGGUUGCGAUGGCAUCAUCGGUUCAAAGCUCCAGUAUGACAAAUGCGGGGUGUGUGGAGGAGACAAUUCCAGCUGCACAAAAGUCAUGGGAACAUUUACCAAAAAGAGCAAGGGCUACACAGAUGUAGUGAAAAUUCCAGAAGGGGCAACCCACAUCAAAGUUCGGCAGUUCAAAACUAAGGACCAGAGCAGGUUCACUGCCUACCUGGCCCUGAAAAAGAAAAACGGUGAGUACCUUGUCAAUGGAAAAUACAUGAUCUCCACCUCAGAAACAAUCAUCGACAUCAAUGGGACUGUCAUGAACUACAGCGGCUGGAGUCACAAAGAUGAUUUCUUGCACGCAAUGGGUCACUCUGCCACAAAAGAGGUUCUUAUUGUGCAGAUACUUGCGACUGAUCCAACUCAACCCGUGGAUGUUCGCUAUAGUUUCUUCGUGCCGAAGAAGCAAGGGCAAAUAACUAACUCCGUCACCAGCAGUGGUAGCAGCAGCAGCAAAGUAACUCCACAGCUCACACAACCCCGCUGGGUUACGGGGCCGUGGCUUUCUUGUUCUCGAACAUGUGACACAGGAUGGCACACCAGGACUGUCCAGUGCAAAGACGGGCAUGGAAAAUUAGCUAAGGGAUGUCUUCUCUCUCAGCGACCAUCAGCAUUUAAACAGUGCUUGUUGAAAAAGUGUUAACCUGUGGUUGUGAUCUUCUUUAAAAGAGGUUUGAUUAAGCCAUUGUUGACAUACUGGUAUUAGGUCUGCCCAGACAGAGAGAAGCAAAGGCUUCAAAGUACUUACAUACAGUCUCAAACUAUGGGCAGAAUCUGCCUAUUUGGACCAAACGAAGAUGUGCACUGCUUUAAAUAAUAGUAGGGUGAUCUUAAUAUGUCAAAAAACUAAGCAUUAAAGUUGUUAUAAGCCCUCUGUGUCUGCAAAAAUAUAAAAUAAAAUAAUGCAAAAGAAGAAAAACUAGUGAAUGGAGGAUCCUGGGAUAUUUGAAGGUUACAGAAUCAUCUCCCCUUUUUCACCUACCUCUAACACAGUAUGUCCUUAGAAAAUGUCACAUGUUCCUAUGAUACCACAGUAGCUUAUUUUAUACUGUUUUGUAAAUAUCUUUCAUUUGGUAUGUCACUUUAUAUCACUUGGUUCUAUUAAAAAAUCAAAAGACAAACUACAUAAGCAAAGGAUUGACCAAAGUAUAUCUACAGCCCUUGUGGACUUGUUCCAUUCUUUAGAAAGGGCUGCAGACGUUUUACUGGAAAAUGAAGAGCUUGCUGCUGGUUUUAAAUAGUAAUACCUUUUGGUUUUGACAAAAGGAAACACGUUUUCGUGCUAGGAAUUUCCUGAGAGCAGAUCAUUAUUCUAUGAGAAAUACCAAGAUUCUCGGAAGGAGCAUUGCUGCAGCUUGCAGACCAGGGAUCCCCACAUGUACAUUGCUCAAAUACCAGCACCAUCAGCAACUCCUCACCAUGUGUAUGUCAGACACACACAGAAGGAGGACUUGGCUGCUAUGAGGAUUUUGUGUACACUUUGCUUGUAAACCUUCCACUAGUUCCAGCUGUGUCACAUCUUGGGAUCCUUGUUGUUGAUGAACAAUAGCUGCUAGCUUCUUCUUUCCAUAAAACAAAGGCAUAUUGUAUUUUGUAGAAACUAGUUAGAGAACCAAAAAUUACAGGUAAGAUAAUCAAGUGUCUUCUAACUCAGAUAUUCUGAGGCUGUGUUCAACUGCUUUCUCUGUUAUUUUCUCUGUGGCUUCCACCUUGAAUCUAACAAUGUGUAAUGUACCCACACCUUCUGAAGAGGCUAUAAAGGUCAAAAAAACACAGCAAGCAGUUAGUAUUUUGUCACUGUUUUGUCCAUCGUGUCUAACUCUGGUAUUCAUCUUACCAGCAAACUUUUGUAACUAUUUGUCUUUUUUGAUUGUUUUGUGUGUGUUUUGGGGUUUUUUUUAAGCUGUAGAAGGCAUUCAUGUUUUGUAUAUCUACCACAUUUGGGAGGAAGAGGGGUCACUAGGAAGUCAAACCACAUCAGGAUGUGGAGGACUUGCCCAAUAUCAAUAAGACUGUUUCCACAGUACAGGCAGUAGCUGGUAAUAGUUUUCACUGGCAGCAACUUCUGAAUCCCACUAUUGUGUGGUAGAAGUUCUGUGACCGAGGAUGGGCAUUUCACCUUAUGCAGGUAACAGGUGGAGGCCUGAUAGCAACCCUGUUAAAAUUGCUUCCUUUUAUAUCAGCAGGCUUUGAAUUAAGCCCUAGAAUAACAGGUACUGAAAAAAAUGGUUAUAAUACACUCAUGAAAAUAGAAUACCACCUGUUUUUUAUUCCUUUGUUCAUCCACAGAUCAGUAUGAGACUGCAAGAGGAUUUUCAGACAAGCUUCACAGCUGUGAGUCAGUGGGUACUCAAGCACUGAAAUAUCCCAGGCUUUUCUGAAAAUCCUGGUCAUGAAAUCAGUAGAGAAAACUUGUUGGCAUCUGUAGCAAGAAGGGCAGGUCUCACUCCAGGCUGACACAAAUAUGUUUUUGCAACUGUGGCAUGUUUGUAUGAACUCUUAGAAAGCAUGUGAUGAUUUCAAAACAGCAUAGAAUUGCUACAUCUACAAGUAUGAAACCUGGAGAAGUGUCUAUUUUUGUACCCUUUUCUAAAUAAACAGUAAUAGGGGCAGGGCUGCCUUCUCUGUCAAAAUGAAUUACCAGUGAAUGUUACUAGUCAUUCAAAAAUGGUGUGGCCUUCUUACUAGGAGUAGCCUCACGCAAAACCGUGACUCUUGAGGAAAAUUCCCCACUUAAUCUGUGAUCCCACCAUAGGAACUGAGAUCAAGGCUCUGAAUAUUUGCAGAGUUCUAGAAAAGUAAGAUUUAUGUCUCCUCUACCUGUUAACAUAAGGUCACUUUGAAGUGUCUUAUUUUCCUUUAAAGUAAUCUAAUUUUUAUACUUAUGUAUCUAUUACACAUGUUCUAGAACCUCUCAAAAAAGUUCAUAACAAACAAUCAUGAGAGGAAAAAUAAGGAGACAGUGUGUCUCAGCAUGGACAUUUGUCUCUGAAUACAGCUGCUGUAUUGUGGCAUUUGUUUUUCCUGUGUUUUAUCAUAAUAGAGACAGAAUGUGCAAGUAUUUGCAUCAUGGUAAUAAUUUAUUAUAUAUUCAGCAAGAUGAGUAAAGCUUUUGGCUGCUAUUCAGGCUCCAGAAGAGUAAUACCAUACGCGGGUAUAAAUUUAAAGUUUCCUUAGAUCAAGAGUAUCUUUUUCGUAGAAAGUGUUUAUUUAUAAAAAAUUAACUAUGAGAACAAACCACUAUAGUGAUUUUUCCCUUUUCACUAGUGUAGUAAUGAAGCAAAUUAACAUGUGAAAAAAGCAGUUGCUGGUGAGAGGGCAAAGGGGACAGACCAAGGAAGCAACCCUGAAAGUGUAAGAUAGUGACCUAGUUAGCGGUCAGCCUGCUCUAGUUAACACUUGCUUUUUAGCUGUUCUUUGUAAUCAGACUCCAGUUCUAAACCUUGCUUUUGUCAGUCAUAGCUGUUUCAUGUAUCUGAUGAAUGAAAAGUUAGUGCAAGGUAUGUGACUGUGUCAUUUCAACUUGUCAACCAAAUUCCUUGUCUCUCACACUGUUAUGUCAUUGUUUACAUUACUACCGAGUGUUGCCAAACAGCAUUCAUAAACUGCUUCUAGGGGAUAGAAACCUGGAGUAUUGCUCUUUUCACAGAAAUUAGCAGUCCUUAGUGUUAAAUUCACUGCUGACUUUUUGGGAUACAGCUCCAUUUCCCUUAGGUGGAGUUGGACCCCUCAACAUCAGUGUUUUAUAGAGAAUCUGCUUCUCAAGUAAGAUACUCUCACUACUGUCAUCUUUGUCAUCUUUGGUUUGACAGUAUGCAAGAAAUUAAGUUUAGCUGCCCUCCUGUGGAAACAGUUUUAUCACAAGGGGGAGAGGGAAUAAUCUUGUGGAUUAAUUACAAUUGUAAAAAAAAAAAA